UGUAAGUGUCUUACUCCAAGCACUUGUAACCUGGCUGCUGCUUUGCUGAUCAGGCAUAAGUAGAAAUGAGAUCACUUCUUCCUUGAACUCCCAACUUGGAUUUCACAGCCGCCCCUUAGCCUCAAACAAGACAGCUGGACUUUUCCUGAUAGUUCCCUUUCUGUGUACUGAAUCUUCCAUGUCUCAAACACCUUCCAAUUCACAAAUCAAAAGGGCUUUAGAAGAGGGCCCCGAGACUAAUAUUGAAGAUGAAUCCCCUGAAGCUCCCAGACCAAGCAAUUACCUAAUUCUUACAAUAUUUGCCUGUUUCUGCCCUGCUUACCCAAUAAACAUUGUGGCAUUUGUUUUCUCAAUAAUGGCUUUAAACAGCUAUAAUCAAGGGGACCUAGAUGGAUCAGAACGCUUAGGACGAAAUGCCCUGUACGUUGCCAUUGCAUCUAUCAUCAUUGGUCUGAUGGUUAUUAUUACAUAUUGUGUUGUUCAUUUCUCAACGGGUGGUCUUGAGAAGGACGAGUUCUUGGCAUGGCAGCAUGAUGUCGAAGUGAAUGAUAAAGCUCCCACUCAGGCUCGACCAACUGUUUUUCGCUGGACCAAAGGAGGCAAAGAAAUUUAUUUAUCUGGCUCGUUUAAUAACUGGGGAAAAAUUCCCCUCAUAAAAAGCCAGAACAAUUUUGUUGCAAUAUUGGACCUUCCAGAGGGGGAACAUCAGUACAAAUUUUACGUGGAUGGCCAGUGGACUCAUGACCCUUCUGAGCCAGUAGUAACCAGCCAGCUUGGUACUGUAAAUAACCUCAUCCAUGUUAAGAAGACCGACUUUGAGGUGUUUGAUGCACUGAUGGUUGAUUCACAGAAGGGUUCAGAUUUAGCAGAGUUAUCAAGUUCACCUCCUGGGCCUUAUCAUCAAGACCCAUAUACCUGUAAAUUAGAAGAACGGUUCAAAUCUCCCCCUAUUCUCCCACCACAUCUACUUCAAGUUAUUCUUAAUAAGGACACAGGCAUCUCUUGUGAUCCGGCAUUGCUUCCAGAACCUAACCAUGUUAUGUUGAACCAUCUUUACGCUCUUUCAAUUAAGGAUGGCGUGAUGGUAUUGAGUGCAACACACCGUUAUAAGAAGAAAUAUGUCACUACACUUUUGUAUAAACCUAUAUGAGCUACUUCCAGAGACUAUUCUCACAAACCUUUACUCUUUUACAUAUUUUUUUUUUUUUUAUUACAUAUUAAACAAAUUAAAUAUUUAUAAAUCAACUUGUCUGCAUUGUGGGAACCUGAAAAGUUAUUAUUUAUGUACAUUAUCCCUAUGAAAUUGCAUGUGAGUAGAUUUAAGAACAUCCUUGUAGUUGAUUGUAAGCAAGUGUGGACAGCUUUAUUUUGUGGUGUGCAGUAGUUGGAUGAAGAGGGUAUAUUUAAAGGGACACUCAAGUCAAAAUUAAACUUUCAUUAUUCAGAUAGAGCAUGCAAUUUUAAACAACUUUCCAAUAUACUUCCAUAAACAAAAUGUGCAGUCUUUUUAUAUUUAAACUUUUUUGAGUCACCAGCUCCUACUGAGCAUGUGCAAGAAUUCACAGAAUAAACGUAUAUGCAUUUGUGAUUGACUGAUGAGUGUCACAUGGUACAGGGGAAGAGGAAAUAGACAUAACUUAACAUUGUCAAAAAAUAAAUCUACUAAUUUGAAUUUCA